CUUUUCUCUGAAGUGGUAUACAGACUGUGGAGGGCUGACUGACUGAAUCUCAUCAAAGCCAUGCUCUGUGAAGGCAGAUUGUUGAGUAUGACCUACGGGGACUCGGGGGAGCUGGACCCACCCGUUCCUCAGAAGGCCCCCCAGAGAGCGUUCGGGCUGCCCAGAGCAGCUGCGACCCUGGUGCCGGGCCCCGUCGGCCGUCCCGAUUCCCCCGAGCUGACCGGGAGCGACUCGUACAUUUCUCCGCUGCUGUCCUCGGACCUUGGCAGACCGACCUCUCCGCGGAUAGAGAUCCCGGCUCAGGCUCGCUCGGUGGGCGACGCCCCGUUCCUGGUGCCCUCCUCCUGUCAGAGCAUCUGCCAGAAUUACAGCGACCUCCACAUCGGAGGCGACCAGGUGCUGCCGCUGUCCACCGGUGACGGAGAGCUGCGGCUCUGCACCGACGCCAUGCAGGCCCCGGGCCCUUUCCUCCAGUCGUGUGACGUCCCCCCGGCCACGGAGGAUUCCCCCCCCGCAGGAAAGACACCUCCGGGUCAGCUUCCGCUCCCGCCGAGGGGGGGCUCGACCCGCUGGAGACAGGGGAGUGCGCGCGAUCGGAGCGUUUUGUUCCAGGGCCGCGAAGGUCCGUUCUCCAACUCCCUUCUGAAUCACUACCUGGAGCAGAAGCUGCUGGAUCUGUACCAGCAGUACAUGAUGGAGAACAUGGCCAGGGAAGGGCCCCCAGGGGGGCAGUCUGAGCCGGGCCCCACGUGCCCUCUGCUCUGCUCGGAGCUGGUUCUGACCAGCCUGGACCAGAUCACUUUGCAGCUGAGUCGGGAGGGGAAGCUGGAGGCCGGCCUGGCCAAGGACCUGGUCCUCAGCUGCCUGCUGCGGGUGGCGGGCGACAUGCAGUCCAGUGAGAUCAGCACCCCCUUCCUGCAGAUUUCAAAUGAGCAACUCACAAAGAGUAAAGGGGAUUAAGCCCCAAUCUAAACAAACCUAACCCCAUUACUGGGUUUGUGUUUGUAAUGUUCAUGAGCUGUGGAGCGGAUAAUGCUGAAUGCAACACCUGCAUAUGAUUAUAUCAAAUGGUGUAUGCUGUUGUUUUCCCUCUUUGGAAGGAAAAUAAAAUCAGGAACUGAAAAUUGAAAGCGAGCUUUCCCUUUUUCUGCUCAACAACAUCAAACUUCUUCUGAUGCCACUUCUCUGAGUAUAAUGAGGAUGAACCCUAAUUGUUCUUCAUGACACACACGUCCCUCUCUGUGCACAUGGACAUGGUGUUCUGCCAUUUAGGACACACAUUCAAAACAAUAUACAUAUAACAGUUUUGUCCAUUAUUAUUUUUUAAUCAUGUACUAAUGCUUUCUUCACCUGUUCUCCGAGCCGUAUACCCAGAAUGUCAUUCGGCGGUGCAAAAGUUAACAGUGCACGUAAUGCGUGUAAUAAAUAUGUAAGAUAAGAUAUACUCCACACAA